AUGGUGGAAGAGCUCACUACCCCCUCAGAUGACGUCGAAUUCGUCAUAAUCGUAAGUUCUACAGACGAUGGCGAGCUCAUCACAGCAGUCGAAGAGGGAGCUGAAGAGCUGAUCGGGGCUGCAGACGUUGCGGAAGAGCUCAUGGUGAGAGUAGAAGAAACCGGAAAACUUGAUGACAAGCUGAGGGCUGUGCCCCACGAAAUAGUUGAAACUUCCGGUGCAGAAGAUGAAGAUACCACCGACGAUGUGAUUGAUGAUGUAGGCGCCAUUACCGAGCUUGAUGGCGAUGCUGUAGAAGAUGCAGAUGAAACAACCGAAGAUGAGCUUUGGACAAUACUUUCAGACGUUGAAGAAGGCGUAAGAGAAGACACCACUGUCGACAUUGAUAUGGUCGACAUCUCGAUGGAGGAUAGUGAGCUCGAGCUUGGUGGAGGCGAAUUUGUGUACAAAUUCAGUCUGUCCGGCCCGCCACAGUAUUCUGUUUGA